AGAAGUCUUGUCAUUCUCGUCGUCGGUCUUCCUUCUUCACAAACCCACUCUACUUUUCUUGCUAGCUGGUAAUCAAACCCAAACAAAAAAAAAAAAAAACGAAGAGAAAAUUUUCAUUUCUUUUCUCAACCAAAAAAAGAAAAAAAAGAAAAAAGUUCUGAAAUCAGUUUCUCACAUUUUCAUUUGGAAUCAGUUACAAGCUCUCUUUCCAUAUUUGUUUGUUAAUGGCAUCGUCAGACGAAGAGGGUGAGAUUGUGCCAAAAUGUGUCACAAACUACCAUUUUGUUAAUCAUGUGGAAGAGCCUGUCUCAUUCACUACUUUGCCUCUUCAAUGGGGACCAAAUGAGAGCCUGGUUCAAUCAGGAAGACAGGUUUUCUUGCUUGCCACCGCUGAGGACGACGGACUUCAGAAGGUUUUCAAGAGGGUCAUAGCUUGGAAGUUUGAUCUCUCUUUUGUGCAGCCUGAGAUUUCGGUUCUUUCGAAAGACAUGAAUUGGAUAGCACUCCAGAAGCCACGGAAGAGUUUCGAGAAUACGAUCAGGACGGUUUUUGUCACCCUUCAUUGGCUUCAUUUCUUGAAGAAGAGUCCUGAGGCAUUAGGAAAGGAUUUGUGGAACUACUUGACUAGAGUUUUUAGCUCAUUUGAGGUUGAGCCUUCUGGAAAGGAUUUGUUGGAUCACAUUGCGUUAAUUACUGAAGCUGUUAGAAGGGAUAAAGAUUUGGCGAAAUGCAUGUAUCUGCUUACAUAUAUGGAGAAGCCUGGAAAUGGUACAGCUUUUGAUGAGGAUGUACAAAUAAAAAAGAAACCAAAGUUUAUAGUUGAUAUGGACAACGUUGAUGAAGAUGAUGGUGAAUGUUUUGAUGAAGAUGAUGAGUUAUAUGAUCAUGUCUGCACAAUAUGUGAUAAUGGUGGUGAAAUAGUGUGUUGUCAAGGAAGAUGCAUGCGAUCCUUCCAUGCAACUAUAGAUGCUGGUGGUUAUACCUGCGAAUCUCUUGGAUAUGAUGAUGCUCAAGUUAAAGCAAUUCCAACCUUUUUGUGUGCAAAUUGCAAAUAUAUGCAGCAUCAAUGCUUUGUAUGUGGAAAGUUGGGCUCUUCAGAUAACUCCUUGAGUGCAGAGGUCUUUCCUUGUAUUUCUGCAACUUGUGGAAAUUUCUAUCAUCCUCAAUGUGUUGCAAAACUACUCCAACCAGCUAAUAAAAGUCAAGCUGAAGAACUUCAGAACAGAAUCGCUGCAGGGGAAUCAUUUACCUGUCCUGUUCAUAAGUGUUUUGUUUGUAAGCAAGGUGAGAACAAGAAGGUCCAUGAGUUGCAGUUUGCAAUCUGUCGACGGUGUCCAAAGGCAUAUCACAGGAAAUGCUUACCCAGGACCAUUACUUUUGAGAAGGACCGUGAUAGAAACAUUAUGCAAAGGGCUUGGGAUGGUCUACUUCCUAAUCGGAUACUGAUGUAUUGCAUGGACCAUGAGAUUAUUAGAGAAAUAGAGACUCCAGCUAGGGAUCAUUUGAAAUUUCCUGAUGUUAAAGGACAACAUAAGUCACACAGUUCAUGGCCCCAUUCGAGCAAGCCGAGGGCUACAGUUUCAAUGAGAAUUAACGGAUCCAAAACUUUAGCUGCAAAAGGGCAAGUAGUUAAGCAUCCAAAACAGUUUGAAAAGGUCGGUUGUAGUUUCAUUACUGGUCAAUCAACACAAAAUAUCAGGAAAAGAAGUGCUGGGCCAGGUUUUGGUCUGUUGACAAAGCCAAAUACAAAUGAUGGAGUAAAAAAAUCUUCAACAAAAAACAUUGGACAUGCUCCACAUCGUUUCUUCUCAACAACUGAACGCAAGUUACCAAUGCAGAAUACCUCAUCAAUUAGCUUAAAGACUUACCCAGUAAAGUCCAAGUGGCCGAUAGCUAGUGCCAGUGGAAAAAAAGCUACAGAAGAGCAUGAUAUUAAAAAGGAAAAGAAGUUACCAUCUUCAGUUCAGGCUGAAAUGGAAAAGCGAAUUUUGGCUCUAAUGGAAGAAUCUACCUCUUCAUUCAAUCAUGAAGAGUUCACAAAAGCGCAGCAACUCCCAGCUACUUGUGGUUUAUUCUCCGGAAACUUACUGGACAAAACCAUUACAACAGGAAAAGUGGAGGGCUCUGUCAUGGCUAUUCGAACAGCCUCAAAGAAGCUACGUGAAGGAUGUAGUGUUGAGGAUGCAAAAGCUGUUUGUGAACCAGAGAUUCUUGCGCAAAUCUUUAAAUGGAAGAGGAAGCUUAGCAUCUAUCUUGCACCUUUUCUUCAUGGCAUGCGUUACACAUCUUUUGGUCGUCAUUUCACAAAAGUUGACAAGCUUAAAGAGGUUGUUGACAGGCUUCAUUGCUAUGUGCAAGAUGGAGAUACAAUAGUUGAUUUUUGUUGCGGUUCCAAUGAUUUCAGUCUCCUGAUGAAAGAAAAGCUUGAAAAUACAGGGAAACAGUGCUUCUUCAAAAAUUAUGAUCUUUUGAUAGCCAAGAACGAUUUCAGCUUUGAGCAAAGAGACUGGAUGAGCGUCAAGUUAAAUGAAUUACCCGAUGGCUCUCAGCUGAUCAUGGGGCUGAAUCCUCCUUUCGGAGUGAAAGCAUCUCUGGCAAACAGGUUCAUCAGAAAGGCCCUGGAGUUCAGACCAAAACUCCUCAUCCUAAUCGUCCCAAAGGAAACCAAACGGCUCGACCAAACAGGAUUCCCGUAUGAUUUAGUUUGGGAGGAUCAAGUAAUACUAUCAGGAAAGUCAUUUUAUCUACCUGGUUCCGUUGACAUGCAUAACAAGCAAUUGGAGGAUUGGAACUUGAAGACGCCACCCUUGUAUCUUUGGAGUCGCCGUGACUGGAGUGCAAAUUACAAGGAGAUAGCUAGAAGGCAUAGGCACGUAUUCCAGGAAGCGCCGCUGCACGUGGAGGGAAACGACAACGUAAACAGCUAUCUCAUGGAGGAAAAAUAUGAUUGCUAUCAGGACUGUUCCAGUCUCUAUGCAUCUGGUGAUCUCUCCAGCAUAUUGGAUGAUGUUCUGGAUUAUAAUGAUUUAGCUGAACCGGAAGGAACUGGAGCAAGUAUUCAGGACAAGGUAUUACAAAGCUCUUUUUAUGGUGAUGGCAUUCAUAUCAGUUGCAAGAAUAGCCUUAAUGGGAUUGAAUGUGAGGAAAGGGGCCAAACUGAGAAGUUGAUACCGCCAAACUGGGAUGGUUUUGUUCCUUCUGACAAGUGGCAUUGACAUGGAGUUGUCCCCCCCAUUACAUUCACCGACAUGUUACAAAGCGCUUCGCGAAGCGUUUGGAAUUCCCAAAAAUGCGGAGAAGGGUUGGUAAGUUGAAAGAACGUACGCUGAUGGAUUUGGAAAAUUGUGCACAAUCCAGAUCAGUAAUCCGACUGUCACAGGAAGGAGGCAUAGUUUCCAGGAAAUCACCAAUCUUGAUCAUAACUGCUUGUUUCGCACAAGAACUGAGGGAUUGUUCUUUU